GAUACUUUUUCUUUACUCUUUGGUAAAAUUAAAAAAGUUGUUCGGUAAAUAAAAAUACGAUUUGCAAGAAAUUUACUAUUUAUACUUAUUAAAAUUAAUAAUUGAGCCAUGGGUAAAGAAGAUACAUCAGCAAAAAAACGACGAAAACUGAAUAAUAGCUCAAGUGAAAUAAGUAAACAGCCACCUGUCGAUGUUUAUAAGCGUGUAGUAGAAUUUGAAGAAAGCGAGGCGCAGUCCAGAUCUGCUGAAAAAGAUGCUAUUUUGUUUAAAAAAUUCUGCCAGGAUGUUCGACAGCUUUUUGCAGAUAUAGCUGAAUUAAAAGCAAAGGGAACUAAUGAGAGCAAAGAGAAGAUAAAUGCAAAGAGAGUAGAAGCUUCAUUACUGCUAGUUGCAUUAAAGAAACUAAACCGUUUAGAAAAGGUUCGUACAAGAGCUGGCAGAGAUGCUUUGAAUAAGGAGAAACAACGAGUGGACUCAACACAUCUGCUUCUACAGAAUUUAUUGUAUGAAGCCGACCAUCUAAACAAGGAAGUUACAAAAUGCUUGCAGUUCAAAUCUAAAGAUGAAGAAAUAGAACUGGUUCCUCUAGAAGAUUUCUAUAAGGAAGCACCAAAGGAUAUCUCCCGUCCAGAAAUUACCAAAAAUGAUGAACAUCAAUUACAAUUAGCAAGGUUAGAAUGGGAACUGCGACAGCGUCGUGAAUUGGCAGGAGCAUGCAAUGAACUAGUGUCUUCCAAGGAGAGAGUUUCUGCAGCAAUCGCUGCAGCCAGAUCCAGACUGGUAGCACUUGCACCUCAUCUCCGAGAUGUGCUUAAGGCAACAAAACCUUUGCAAGAGUGCCUAGCUCUGCGUUUGGAUGAGAAGCGUGAUGAAACAAGAGCUGCAUCACUUCUACCACCUCCUUUGUUUCUAUUGUAUGCUAAUGGAAGUGCAUAUUCUGAUGUCUUAGGUGCAGCACAUGUUACUGUUGGCAUUUCUGGGGAUGAAGAUGAGGCUCGAAGAUUGGAUCAACUUAAUACUAGUAUAGAAAAUGACAUAUUGGUAUCCAAUGACUCCGAUUCUGAUCAAGAUAACAUUGACGAUGAUCAGGCAGAAAAGAAGAAGCGCUAUCACAGAACUACGAAAAUAUCAAAAGAAGAAAAGGCAGAGGCCAAAAAGAAACAAGUGCUACAAAAACACCCAUUAAAUGUUCAAAUUUCGGUUAAAAUAGAAGAUGGCACUGCUUUAAACUUGAUUUUCUUCUAUUUGGUUAAUCUAAAAAUUGUGGUUGUAAAAUUUAUCAUGUCUUUCCCGAGGCCCAUUACGGGAGUGUCAGCAGCAGAUGUAUUAAAUAGUGACAGCAUUUUAAAUGAAUUAUAUCCUGGAGAUAAUGGCAAUGAUUCCCCUCACCCAGCAACCACUUAUUUAUUAAAUGCUGCUGGUGUUACGGAUCAUUUUCAAAAUUUUAUUCCUGAAGUGGGAAGACCAUAUAUUUGGGCUCAGAGAAUGUGUGGUUUAGAUUUUAUGGCAAUAAUUCUAGAUGAUCCGAAGCAAUACAAACCAAUUGUACCUUCUCAAAGUCUGAGUGUAGUAACUGUAGAAAAUUUUAUUUUCACCAUAAAGAAACGAUUAGAAGCAAGAGUGGAACUGAUGAAAGAGUUGCAAGAUUUAGAGAGUGGAAAAAUUUUACCUAUUAAAAAUAAUACGCCUAUUAGAUUAUCAGCAACAUUGACUCAGUGGCAAUCAGUAGGUUGGCCGGAGUACAGUCAAUCACCUUCUACAGCUUUUUUGAUAGCUGAAGGUCUAGUGACUGCAGAAAAUAUGUUGUACCGGGCUAUUGUAACAAGACAAUCAGCCAAAUUGGUAGCCUUAGUAGCCCUUAGCAGCGACUACCCAAAGAAAGCUCCAUUAUUUUCUUUAACAUUAGAUUGGAAUGGAACUCACCAUGCCGGUGUCAACGAUGACGUGCGAGAUAUUGAGCGACUUAUAAAUACUAAUUGGGAUACAAAUGAUUCAGGUCCACAAACACUUUCAGCACAAAUGACGAAGUUAUUGACAUCUAUUGAUAUCUUACUAGAAACAAGUGGCUCUGUUGAGUUUCCACCAGACAAAGUUAUGUUAAAACAAGUCCGCGGUAGAAACCGUAUGAAACCAUACAAGAUUCUUAAACAAGGACCUGGUUUAUUUGUCCAAUAUUAAAAGUAUAAGAAUUUUCACUUAGUGUGGUAAAAUAAAUUUAAGAAAUAAA